AUGCAAGUCAGGGGGCGAGCGAAUGGGAGUUUCAUCCAAUACCGCCUGCUGCGACUGGGUCGAGUUCGAGUCGAGACUUUCUUGCCCCCAGAUUUGACUUAUGCACGCGAACUUAUGCACUGGAUGAAGCAGAUGAUCAACGUCUAUUCGAUGGCGUGCCUCAGAGAUGUGCUCCAGUACAUUCGGGAGCAUGGUCAAUCGCGCACCUUCAAGAUCACGAAGGCCCCUGACAACGAGGGAGUCGAGUUCUCCCCCGGCUUGGGUUGGCAUGAAGUCAAGUGGAGAGGUAAGCUGCAGAUUCUUGUCAUGGAGCGCCUCCAAGGCGCCCACGUGCACCGCCGGCUGGUGAUCGUCGAACUAGAACCACAAGACGGGAGCAUCCGCGAGUUCCUCAAGGUCUGCCGUACAAUGGCGAGGGCACCUGAACCAGCUCCGACUCCUCCUGAGGAGCCCGGUCAGCAAACGCCAAAGUUCUGGGUACAGGAGCUCGUGGAAAAAGCGAUUCGCGAGGAGGAAGAAGCAGAGCAGCGGCAAAGUCCGCCAGACGACUGGAGCAAGAUGGACAAAGAGGAGGCCAAGGAGAAAGGCGCGAAGCGCCUGGGCUUGGACUUUGAUCCACUUGCGCCAAGCUGA